CCGAGCGCCCGCUCGCGCGGCUCCCACAAUGCACCGCACAAUGGCCCGACCGCCGCCACUACCGGGGCCUGAGCGGGCCUGGCGGAGCCCGAGCGCGGCCCGGCCCGCAGCGCGGGGCCCGGAGCGCGGCACAUGGCCACCCACUCAGCCCAAAAACCCCACCAGUGCAUGUACUGUGAUAAGAUGUUUCACCGCAAGGACCAUCUCCGGAACCACCUGCAGACCCACGACCCCAACAAAGAGGCCCUCCACUGUUCCGAGUGCGGGAAGAAUUACAAUACGAAGUUGGGCUACCGGCGCCAUCUAGCCAUGCAUGCGGCCAGCAGCGGUGACCUCAGCUGCAAGGUGUGCCUGCAGACCUUUGAGAGUACCCAAGCCCUGCUGGAGCACCUGAAGGCCCACUCCCGCCGGGUAGCGGGCGGUGCCAAGGAGAAGAAGCACCCCUGUGACCACUGUGACCGGCGGUUUUAUACCCGUAAGGAUGUGCGGCGGCACCUGGUGGUGCACACAGGCCGGAAGGACUUCCUGUGCCAGUACUGUGCCCAGCGGUUUGGCCGCAAGGACCACCUGACCCGGCAUGUCAAGAAGAGCCACUCUCAGGAGCUGCUCAAGAUCAAGACAGAGCCAGUGGACAUGUUAGGCCUACUCAGCUGCAGCUCCACAGUCAGCGUGAAGGAAGAGCUGAGCCCCGUGCUGUGUAUGGCCUCUCGGGACAUGAUGGGUGCCAAGGCCUUCCCUGGCAUGCUGCCCAUGGGCAUGUACGGCGCCCACAUCCCUUCCAUGCCUAGUGCAGGCGUGCCACACUCCCUGGUACACAACACGCUGCCCAUGGGUAUGAGCUACCCUCUGGAAUCCUCCCCCAUCUCUUCUCCAGCUCAACUUCCUCCUAAAUACCAGCUUGGAUCUACCUCAUACUUGCCCGACAAAUUGCCCAAAGUGGAGGUGGAUAGUUUUCUGGCGGAGCUUCCUGGAAGCCUGUCUCUCUCAUCCGCUGAACCCCAGCCCGCCUCACCUCAGCCGGCGGCAGCUGCGGCCCUCCUAGAUGAAGCACUGCUCACCAAGAGCCCCGCCAACCUCUCUGAGGCCCUCUGCGCUGCUAAUGUGGACUUCUCCCACUUACUGGGCUUUCUUCCACUCAACCUGCCCUCGUGUAACCCACCCGGGGCCACAGGAGGCCUGGUCAUGGGCUACUCUCAGGCUGAGGCACAGCCCCUGCUCACCACAUUGCAAGCUCAGCCGCAAGAUUCCCCAGGAGCUGGGGGACCGCUGAACUUCGGGCCUCUGCACUCCUUGCCUCCUGUCUUCACUUCUGGCCUGAGCACCACCACUCUGCCUCGUUUCCACCAGGCAUUCCAGUAGCCCCCAAGGAGGCCCCUCAGCUCAGGCGUGGACUCUGUCGGAGAGCCUCACUACCCAUCUUGUCUGCAUCCCCCGUGAAGGCAGCUGAGCUUUCAGAGCUGGGUUCAAACAGAAAAAAUUCCAGUAUCUGUAUCGAGCACUUGGUUUGGGGUCUCAGGCUCCAGUAUCAGUUCCAGGAGGAGCCUUGAGCGCCAACUCCCUGAAAAGGUCGCAUACUAUAGGACUUCAGGUAUUUUUACUUUUUUUUUAUCUGAAUCGGCAGCCACACUUAGCCCUCUCCUUCUCCAAAGUGUCCGAACCUCCUCCUCUUUGGAGAAGGGGGAGACCUGUUGGAGACACACAGGGUUUCAUUUCGGAUGACCUCGAGAGAAAUAGCUCAAGAAGCCCACCUUCUUGUCCCAACCUGCAGACCCCAGAGCAAUCGGUCAGGCCCUGCUGGAGAGGGUCACUUGGCUCCAUCACCUGCUUCCAACUAAUGGGCAGAAAGGAGAGUGGGCCUCUAUUCUUCCCCACCACCCCUAUCCCUCCUGUACCGGCACCUCCAUUUUCAGUCAGUGUUGUCGAGCAACGGUACCGUUUACACAGUCGCUUCAGACACACCAUUUCACCUCCCUUGCCGAACUGUUAGCCUUAGAAUGAUUGCAGUGAACAUUGUUUACACACCGUGAAUUCAUUCCCAUCAGUCCAUUCCAGUUGGCACCAGCCAGACCCAUUUGGUACCUGGUGUUAACUGGAGCCCUGUUUACAAGGCGGAGUCAGGUCUUGCUGACUUCUCUUCACUUGAGGUCACACUUUUCCCCUGUGGGGAAAUAAACUGACUUUGGACUGCUUCAGUCUCUGCCAUCUUCCAUGACUGUGUCUGUUCCUGCCUUCCUCAGCAUUGUCCGCAGGCGACAGGCAAGAAGAUUGGAGCAGUUUUCUCACAGGUCUGCAACUCUUUUUGUCUCCAAGUUCACAUCCGGACCCCCUCAUCUUCCUUUUGAACCGGAGAGGGGAAGAAACGAAAGGCGUGCCCACUUCAUCAUCUCCCCGUUCCCUCACCCCCACCCUAAACAUCAUGAGCUGUUGUUAUUAAUCUUAGAAGAGGGACUUGGGUUCGAGGCUGGUGUGAAUGGCAAAGAAGAAGUAUGAACCCCUCAUUUGUCUCCUGCCUCUCCCUUUUCCAGGCAUUUGUGGAAUUAUUGGAAGAAGAGUUAUCAGAAAGUUAGGACUGGGCAGAUAGUUGAGUCCUACGCUAUGGGUACAUCAUUGCCUCCCACACCAAACUUUUUUCUUAACCCAGUGUCCCUGGUGUCUCCUCCACUUUGCAGUUCCCUUGGACUCAGGGCCACUGUGCAUAGGCUUCUCUGCUCUUCAUCAGAGAACUGCCACCUUCCUCUUGUGGCCGCCUCAGUACUCAGCAAGCUUUCUUUCCUGACUUGUGGGGCUCUCUGCCACAGACAGCGCAGCCCUUGCCCCGCCGAACCCUGUCCCAGCCUCAUCUCAGUUGUGCAUGGGAGCUCGGGAACCACCACUGUGGGACCCUCUUGAGACACCUCCACUCUGAUUCAGAAACACACUUCUACCUCUCUACUGUUAACUCCUACAGUUGCAGCCAGCAGUUUCUGGGCACUUCUCUCAGCGGGUGCCUCGUGCUGGCUUCUCCACUAGGGUUUCAGGAUAACCUACCAAGGAACUGCCUCAGCCCCCUCCCAGUCCUCCCUCUCCCCUUUCUGUCUAGAAUUCACCUUGGUCUGUCGUCAUGAACUGAGCAGGUUCAAGACCCAGGCUUCUGCUUCAGCCCAGGCCAGUACUCUUCGAGGUGAAAGCCUUAAAAUGUAGCCUCCUACCCCUUGAUUGGAAGCAAUGCGGAGUGCAUAAGCAUGUUUUGAUUUAGGGUAGCUUGGGAUACCUUUAAAAAAAAAGAAAAUCAAAACCAGAUAUAAAAAUGUCUGGCAAGGUUAGAAUCAGACUAGGUGAUUUGCUUCUAAAAAUUAGUUUCUGUGAGUCCCAGGGACUGAUUAAGGUUUAGUUUUAAAAGCGUCCCCCUUGGUACGCGGCCACCUCCUGCAUGCUGUGCAUGUUACUGGGGCUCGUAGCCCAGGAAAUGGGAUGUGAGGAUCCAGGCAGGACUCAGUGCUGCCGUUCUCCUUGUCUCUGGUCUUCACCACUAGACCCAGCAGCCUUUCACCACCUCUGCCCACUUCCCUGCACCCUUCGUUUACGGAGGCACAUGGGCCUCUGGCCACAGAAUAGUCUCAGGCUGUUAGAGGAGUCCCCUCCUCUACCUGCUCUUCCCUGAUCCUUGAAUCCUCUCCCCAUUAGUAAUGCUGAGAAACUCAUAGGACAGGUAAAGCAAAUAUGUAAAAUGUGUAGCUGGGGCCUUGCCCCCCCCUUCCAUCUUGUCCCUCCUUUCCCCUUCCUUCAGUGCCCUCACCAGCCACGAGGAAUUUCCCUAUCACUGUGAACUUUGCUGGUGCAGAGCAACAUCUGCCUUCAUCUUUUGUUUUUGUUUUUGUUUUGGGUGGUGGGCCAUAGCCACCCAGCUGUUUCUUAAAUCUCCCUUCUCAUAAUUAAAAAAAAAAAAAAAAAAAUCCUCAUUGGUCUGGUUGUUCAAAGGAUAAGAAUAGCUUUAUCCUACACUCAGUACCAAACCCACUUCAGUACCCUUACUGAAGCCAGGAGAGCCUGAGGGGCAUCCGCCCAGGACAGGAGCCAUAGCAUGUGGCAGAGACCAAACAGGGACCAGGAAAAGGGUGAUGUCCCCUUUCCCCACCACCUCCUCCAACUUCUGUCAGCAGCGAGCUGCCCUGAACAGGGGACAGGCCCCUCCCGCCCUGCACAGUAGCUGGUCAGCGUGGAGUACAGUCCUGGGGGCCAGGGAAUGACAUGCCCAGCUGUGUCAGUGCAAAGGAUCUGUGCACAUCUGAAAGAGGUGAGAGGUAGGGAAAGGAGCACCAAUGAGUUCUUUCCCCCAACCUUUUAAAAAUUGCAUUUUGUUAAUGGAAAUCCGGGAAGCAGGUGUGAUUACUUUUUUGCUCGUAGAUACUGUCCUAAGUUGACAUUCUCCCACUGCCCUAAACUUUCCCCUAGUAGUCCUUUAAAUCCUCCCCACCCUUCUUUUUGAUAGCUGUUUUCUCCACCCCUUCCCCAAUCCCCCCCCCUUAUCUAGGAGCUAUUUGUAAGCACGAUUUUUUUUUUAACAGUUUAUAUUGUACAGGAUCAAUAUUUUGCUUUUUAACAAGGAUAUUUAUGUAAUAAACUUUGCCUUAGGCAGGUGUUGGCCAGGAAAGUCCAGAUUCCUCUGGGACCCCACCCUGGCCUCUCCUGGAGCUCUGAACCUGCUGUGGAAGGAAUUGGCUGUGACCUUCACCACUGGAGAGUAGGGUCUGUGGCAAGGGAAAGGAGCGUUGUGGUUCUGACAGGAGGAGUCACCAUGCUAACUAGUGCCUGAGUAGAGGGGUAUGAAGAAGUACUCCAGUUUGAUUCUUCGGAUGUAAGAAUACGCACCUCUCCACCUCUGAAUCCGCGGCACCAGGACUCCUGAAACCACUUGUCAUGCGCCUGCCCUCCCCCCCAGUGGUCAAGGCUUCGGAGCCACUCUUUCGUAACGCCAGAUUAUUUAAUGAGAAAAAUACAAGACAAAAACCUUCUAGCACUUUGUAAACACAGUGAAUAACCUCUUGGAGUAUUUUUGGCUUUAUAUAAAACAAGGUUUUUAAUUGUAAAAUGUAAGUGCCAUUAGGACAUGCACAGGGCGGAUCUUUGUUAAAGUAGAUUUUUCAAUGUUUUACAGAAUUACAUUUUCAAAAAAAGGUUUUUAUAAUGAAGUUGUUUAUUAAAAACUUCUGAAUGAUG